GGUUUCCAUUUUUCCAUCAACUUAGAAGCAAUAAAGCAUGGCUUGUACCGUGGUUCCGAAUGCCAUUUUUAAGAACGGCAACAGCAUCCCCAUGUUCGGAUUGGGUACCUGGAACUCUCCCCCGGGACAGGUUGCGCAGGCGGUGAAGGAUGCCAUUGACGUCGGCUAUCGGCACAUCGACUGUGCUCAUGUGUACCAAAACGAGCAUGAAGUUGGCGAAGGGAUAGCGGCAAAGAUUGCUGAAGGUGUCGUGAAGAGAGAGGAUCUCUUCGUGACGAGUAAGCUGUGGAACACCUUCCACCGCCCGGAUUUAGUUGAAGGUGCCUGUAAAACUACGCUGAAAAAUCUCAAACUAGAUUAUCUCGAUCUGUACCUAAUCCACUGGCCGGUGGGCUAUAAGGAAGGAUCGGAGCUGUUCCCAAUGGGUCCGGAUGGUAAAACUUUCCUCUUUUCGGACGCCGAUUACGUAGACACGUGGCCCGAAAUGGAGAAGCUCGUCGAUGCCGGGUUGGUGCGAAACAUUGGUCUGUCCAACUUUAACGCCAAGCAGGUGCAGCGCGUGCUAGACAUUGCACGGAUCGCGCCGGUAACGAAUCAAAUCGAGUGCCAUCCUUAUCUACACCAGUCCAAGAUUACUUCGUUCUGUGCUGCGAACGGUAUCAUCGUAACGGCCUACAGUCCACUCGGUUCGCCAGCUCGACCCUGGGUGAAAGCGGACGACCCAGUACUUAUGGAUGAUGCGGUGGUGGGAGAGCUUGCCAAAAAGUAUGACAAAACUACUGCCCAAAUUUUGAUUCGCUACCAGAUCCAGCUGGGACACGUCGUUAUUCCAAAGUCGGUGACGAAGGAACGAAUUGUGUCGAACUUUGAUGUGUUUAGCUUCCAGCUGGAUGAAGAAGACAUGAAACGGUUGGCUGGAUUGGAAAGAAAUGGGCGCAUCUGUCCGGAAUCGAGCGCAUUUGGACAUCCGCAUCAUCCGUUCGAGAAGGAAGAAUAGA